AUGGAGCCGGGAUAUAUCAACAUCGCCGAAAUCGAGUUCAUUUGCGAUGCAGGCCCUUUGACUAUGGUUGUCAUGAAAACUUCCUACUUUGAUCAGCAGAGGAGAAACAAGUGGCUGGAGCGCCAAGGGCUUUCAUGGCCCGAACGUCCACCACCGGCCGUCUCCCUUCGCCGCGGUGUCUUCGGGCUGCCGGGAGGUUUCCAAGCGGGGGGAGAAAAAUCUAUGCAGCCUAUAGAAAAAAAGAAAAAAAUCAGUAUUUAAUCUGAUGCUUACCAACCUUUGAAAUUUGGGUGGGAAAGUAUCGUAGAGGAGUAUGAAGAUGAAAUAUUCUCACUUAUGGCCCAAGAGGCAGACUAUCUAGCUGACAAGCUGUGCAGUGAAAAAUCAGGUACUGUGUCUGAUGUAACAUGUGCUCUCUCUACAGCCGUGUGGGGUUGGGUGCUUUUUUCAAACCCAGCGUACUGCUUUGCAGGAGAAGUGGGCUGUUGUUGAAUAUGCAAUGACACUACAUGGCUUUAAAAAAAAAAAAAAAAGAGACAAACAACAAAACAACCAAACAUCCCCUUUUUUAAAGGCUUUUAAUUCUUUUAAUCCUUGUGUGCAUAUUAAUGCAGCAUGAUCUGAGCAUCCCAACUAACAUGGUAUGUUUUCCUCCUGAUGUUAUGUGACUUUUUGCUCCUUGUAUGUCUGUACCGUCAUUUCCAGGUCAGAAAUGAAA